CUCGAGAGCUCGUGGGCAGCUGGUGGCUGUGAGCCAGCCCGGAGUCUGCCACUAUGGUUCUAGGUUGGAUUGCUGUUAUGGCUGGAAAAAGAACAACAAAGGCUACUGCGAAGCUAUCUGUGGACAUGGCUGCAAGUAUGGCGAGUGCAUGGGACCAAACAAAUGCAAAUGUUUCCCUGGAUUUACAGGCAAAACCUGUAAUCAAGAUCUGAAUGAAUGUGGACUGAAACCACGGCCCUGUGAACACAGAUGUAUGAAUACACAUGGCAGCUACAAGUGCUAUUGUCUCAACGGGUACAUGCUUCUGCCAGAUGGCACAUGUGCAAGUUCUAGGACAUGCGCCAUGGUGAAUUGCCAAUAUGGAUGUGAAGAAGUCAAAGGGGAGGUGCAGUGUCUUUGUCCAUCAAGUGGCCUUCAAUUGGGACCAAACAGAAGGACAUGCAUUGACAUUGAUGAAUGCUCCACUGGCAAAGCUGUCUGCUCUUACAACCGCAGAUGUGUCAACACAUUUGGAAGCUACUACUGCAAGUGCCAGCUUGGUUAUGAACUGAAAUACGUCAGCGGCCAAUACGACUGUGUAGAUGUAAAUGAAUGUGUGACAAAUACACACAGGUGUAACCUCCAUGCAGAGUGCUUCAAUGUCGAAGGAUCCUUCAAGUGCAAAUGUAAACAAGGCUACCGAGGAAGCGGAUUCGAUUGUGCUGUUAUCCCUGAAAAGUCAGUGAAGGAAAUUGCAAGAAUCCCUGGAACAGCUAAGGACACAAUUAAGAAACUUCUUGCACAUAAAAACAGUGUGAAGAAGCAUGAAACAAUCGAGAAUGCAAUCCCAGAAGCAGCCGUGACACCAUCUUCUAGGACCCACUUGCAGUUAUCGGCGUAUGAAGGUGGUAUUGAUCUUGAUGGGAGCUACAAUGAGGAAAAGAAAGAAACUGAAGCUACUGCAGAAGAAGAGUCAGAUGAAGAGGAGAAGGAAGUUUUUCAGAAUCAAAUUGACCAUGAGCGAAGCCUUAGAGGAGAUGUCUUUU